CCAGUGCUCGCUACGAACUGGGCCAAUGGGGGCCCGGCCGGGCGCGCGGUGCUGCUGGGAGCAGUAGUCCGCAGGGAUGCAGGCCGCACUACGGCAGCAUCUCGGCGGCGUGCGGUGGGCGCUCCGCGUUUCUGAGGCGGCUCUGCGGCCUCGCUGCGUCGGGCCGGCCUCUCCCCCGGCCCCGCGGUGUUGGAGCUGCGGCCGUCCCCUCCCUAGCGCCGAGGGACUGCCUCACUUCUGUCCCGGCUGCCGGGCCCUGCAGCCGCCGGGGCCUCGUCCUGACCUCUUCCGCCUCAUGGACUGUGACCGCUCCUUCCGCCUCGACGUGCAGCGGCUGCAGAGGCGCUUUCGGAGCCUGCAGCGCGCCCUUCACCCUGACCGCUUCGGCCAGAGGCCGCCGAAAGAACAGCACUACUCAGAGCAACACUCUUCCUUGGUUAACAAGGCCUAUCAAACCCUCCUGAAUCCUCUCAGCCGUGGCCUCUAUCUAUUGGAGCUGAAUGGAGUAGAACCAGCACAAGAGACAGACUGUGAUGCAGAUUCAGAGUUUCUCAUGGAAAUCAUGGAAAUCAAUGAGAAAUUAGCAGAGUCUGAAAAUGAGGAAAUCUUUGAAGAAACUGAAACUUUAAUUAAAGUAAAACAAGAAGAAUUGACCAAAGAGGUGACCGCAGCUUUUGAACGAGUGGAAGUCCAGACUGCCUAGCACUGAAGCCGUAUAGCAAGACAAGAUGUGAUGCCCCAUUUAGUCUAAGGUAUUAGGGCCUUCCUGCACAACAAUCAACAAAACUUCAUUCCACAACCAAUUAAUCGACAGGAGCUUGAAUCAUUUCAGACAAGAUUUUUACACUGGGAAGAAGACUUUCUCUCCUAGGUCUCAGAGUUCUUUUACUGUUGGUUUAUGUAGUGUGUGCUGCAUUGUAAAACAUCAAAUGAAAAGUAGUAGCAGCUAGGCCUGUACGUGAAGAAUUGUAACUUCAUAACAUGCCAUUCUUUGUUCUGUGAGAUUUAAGGACUUUAUCUAUCCUUGUCAGUAGGUGAUAAACCAUCUUUCCCCGCCAAUUACUCGUUCAGUUAAAUAACAAUUGUUUCAGUAUCAGUUUGGAAUUGCCCUUGUUUGUAUCAGAGUGCUAUGAAUCUUGCAUUUUUCAGUGAUGGUAGUUGGUCUAAUUAUAUACAUUCCCCCGUUUCCGAAAUGUCUGUAUGAUCUAUAUACUUAAAAUUCCUCAGUGACUACAUUAAUACUAUAGCCACUUUACAGAAAAGUCACAUUUCCUUUCUCAGUUGUAUAUUCUUACAUAUUUUGUGGAACAUCUUUACAAAACCUUAGAAGAUGGAAAUAAACAGACACCAUGUUUUUAAUAGUAUAUGGGUUCUCACAGCUUUUGCAGUUCUUAGUUCUGAAACAAUUGCUGUCAAUGAAAUCUUGAGAUCCAUUUU